GCCCGCUGCACUGUGGGUAGGCGGCGGCGGCGGCGGCGGCGGCGGCGGCGGCUACGCGGAGCGGCAGGCGGCGGAGCGAGGCCGCGCGCGCCGAAGAUGGCUGAGAAGCAGAAGCACGACGGGCGGGUGAAGAUCGGACACUACGUGCUGGGCGACACGCUGGGCGUCGGCACCUUCGGCAAAGUGAAGAUUGGAGAACAUCAAUUAACAGGCCAUAAAGUGGCAGUUAAAAUCUUAAAUAGACAGAAGAUUCGCAGUUUAGAUGUUGUUGGAAAAAUAAAACGAGAAAUUCAAAAUCUAAAACUCUUUCGUCAUCCUCAUAUUAUCAAACUAUACCAGGUGAUCAGCACUCCAACAGAUUUUUUUAUGGUAAUGGAAUAUGUGUCUGGAGGUGAAUUAUUUGACUACAUCUGUAAGCAUGGACGGGUUGAAGAGAUGGAAGCCAGGCGGCUCUUUCAGCAGAUUCUGUCUGCUGUGGAUUACUGUCAUAGGCAUAUGGUUGUUCAUCGAGACCUGAAACCAGAGAAUGUCCUGUUGGACGCACACAUGAAUGCCAAGAUAGCCGAUUUUGGAUUAUCUAAUAUGAUGUCAGAUGGUGAAUUUCUGAGAACUAGUUGCGGAUCUCCAAAUUAUGCAGCACCUGAAGUCAUCUCAGGCAGAUUGUAUGCAGGUCCUGAAGUUGAUAUCUGGAGCUGUGGUGUUAUCUUGUAUGCUCUUCUUUGUGGCACCCUCCCAUUUGAUGAUGAGCAUGUACCUACGUUAUUUAAGAAGAUCCGAGGCGGUGUCUUUUAUAUCCCAGAAUAUCUCAAUCGUUCUGUUGCCACUCUCCUGAUGCAUAUGCUGCAGGUUGACCCACUGAAACGAGCAACUAUCAAAGACAUAAGAGAGCAUGAAUGGUUUAAACAAGAUUUGCCCAGUUACUUAUUUCCUGAAGACCCUUCCUAUGAUGCUAACGUCAUUGAUGAUGAGGCUGUGAAAGAAGUGUGUGAAAAAUUUGAAUGUACAGAAUCAGAAGUAAUGAACAGUUUAUAUAGUGGUGACCCUCAAGACCAGCUUGCAGUGGCUUAUCAUCUUAUCAUUGACAAUCGGAGAAUAAUGAACCAAGCCAGUGAGUUCUACCUUGCCUCUAGUCCUCCAUCUGGUUCUUUUAUGGACGAUAGUGCCAUGCAUAUUCCCCCAGGCCUGAAACCUCAUCCAGAAAGAAUGCCACCUCUUAUAGCAGACAGCCCCAAAGCAAGAUGUCCAUUGGAUGCACUGAAUACGACUAAGCCCAAAUCUUUAGCUGUGAAAAAAGCCAAGUGGCAUCUUGGAAUCCGAAGUCAGAGCAAACCGUAUGACAUUAUGGCUGAAGUUUACCGAGCUAUGAAGCAGCUGGAUUUUGAAUGGAAGGUAGUGAAUGCAUACCAUCUUCGUGUAAGAAGAAAAAAUCCAGUGACUGGCAAUUACGUGAAAAUGAGCUUACAACUUUACCUGGUUGAUAACAGGAGCUAUCUUUUGGACUUUAAAAGCAUUGAUGAUGAAGUAGUGGAGCAGAGGUCUGGUUCCUCAACACCUCAGCGUUCCUGUUCUGCUGCUGGCUUACACAGACCAAGAUCAAGUUUUGAUUCCACAACUGCAGAGAGCCAUUCACUUUCUGGCUCUCUCACUGGCUCUUUGACCGGAAGCACAUUGUCUUCAGUUUCACCUCGCCUGGGCAGUCACACCAUGGAUUUUUUUGAAAUGUGUGCCAGUCUGAUUACUACUUUAGCCCGUUGAUCUGUCUCUAGUUUCUUUCUGUUAUUGCACUAUGAAAAUCAGAUAUAUUCUUUAAACUUUUAUCUUACUUUUGGAUAAUAUCCACUGCAAUACUAAUUGAGAGACAUGAAUUAUUUCCAGGGGACACACAAUGCUAUUGAAAUUACUGAAAACAAAAUAUUUGACAUCUUAUUUACUUGUAGAAAUCUGUAAUUCUAUUGUGCCUAUGAUAAAUUCACAUAGGCAAUAUCUUUAAUAGGUUAAUAUCGAUGAAGAUUUUUAAUUACAAUAAUGAGUUCACUACAGAUGAUUAACACACCACACUGGCGAACCAUCUCAAUGUAAGGGUGAUUUGGCAACACCUCCUUGCUUUACUGUUUGGUGUAGGUAAAUCUAGUUUACUUCCUGAAUUUCAGUAGGCUUUAUGCUGUGUUUAUGCCCCCAAUUUAUUUUAACAAAAGAAGAUUAAAAAGUAAAAGAACCACGAGUAAGAUAUUAUUUAAAUGUUGAAAUCUUAAAAACCUGCCUCCAAGAUUUCAGAAGCCAAGUUUUUCUAACAGUAUUUGUACAAAUACUGCCUAGUGUGUUCAACAGAAGGACUGUGGUCAUGUAACAGGUAACCACAAUUUUCAGGUUUCUUAAAAACAGCUGUAACUACCUCAGGAUUUUUAUCUUGAGAUUUCCUGGAAUAAAAUAUUUAUCUUAAGAGCCUUCAAGUUUCAAAUUAAUAUUGGAACAUCUGGAAUUGCAGCAACUUUUGUCUUUUACAUAAACUUACGUCACUUAAAAAAUGUCUUCAAAAUCUACCUUUCUCAAAUUCUUUUUCGCUCUAUUUAUUUUUGCGUUUCACCAACAGUGAUAAAAUAGUUAAAUGAAACAAAGCAAAGUAUCAACAGUCCCUUAAAUGAGAAUCCUUAUCUUUGAUCUUUAUUUUGUGUGUUAGGUGUUAGGGUCCUGGUGCAGCUCAUAAUGCUAAUUCUUCAUUGGAAGCCACUCCCUUCACCCCACCUAACCUAGUCACUAUUGUCUUUGUUCAUUGUUUGAUCCUGAGUGGUUGAUUGAUAUAGCUUUGAAUGUUUUCUAGUCCAAGUUUGAAAACACUGUUCUGGCCCUAAGGGCUGGCUGUGACCUUCACUGUUGAACCUGAUAGGGCAGGGAAGCUUUGAACAUCAAGAAAAAAUUUUUAUCUUAAAUAAAUAAACAUAUAUUCACACACCAGUGCUUUUAAGCGAAAACCAGUUUUGUUUUGUUUUGUUUUGCUUUGUGCAGGUUUUUUUUAAGAUUAAAAAAAACACAAACUAUAGCAGGGUAGAUAAUAGUUUAUUGAUUAUAUUUUGUUUUAGUAAAAGUAUUUAAUUUUAAA